AUGAUGGAGUAUGACAAUGAUGAAAAUACAUGGACGAGGUCAUUAUCACCCAAACUCGCGCAGACAACCUGUCAACCAAUACCCAGAAGGUCAACUACUAUAGCUGUUAUUGUCUUAGGAUUAGCAGUUCUCAGUUGUCUUUUUGGAUAUUGCGUCUUGAGCGAAACUCUUCCAUAUGAAUCUAAAACCUUGCGUCUUGUGAUAGUUUUAUUCCGUCAUGGGGCAAGAACUCCAGUUACCACCUACAAGAGUGAUCCGUUUAAGAACUAUCAGUGGCCAGAUGGACUUGGAAGUUUAACAAAAACUGGUAAAUGGCAGUUAUAUGAAUUGGGUAAAAAGUACCGUAACUAUUAUGCUAAUUUUAUUCCUGAAGAAUAUUAUGAGAAGGAUGUCUACAUAAAGAGCAGUGAUAAGUCUCGGUGCUUAAUGAGUGCUUAUACAUUUCUGGCUGGGCUCUAUCCUCCUUCGGAACGUCAAACUUGGCAUCCUGAGUUAUCAUGGCAACCUAUACCUGUUCAUUCUCUACCAAAGCAUUUGGAUGAUAUAGUAGCACAGACCAAACCAUGCAAAGUUUGGAAAGCCAUGUAUCAGGAACUGUUGGAUGAAAAAAAUUCCUAUCCAAAGUUUGCUGAGCUGUUUGAUUACCUAAGCAAACAUACAAAUCAGAGCAUGCGCAGCAUUUUAGAUGUAGACUUCUUGUACAGCACGCUACAAACACAACAAGAGGCUGGUCUGAAGCUUCCAGAUUGGACUAAAAAUGUAUUUCCAAAUAAAAUGCGUACGCCAUUCAUGCUCAGCCUAGCUUUAUUAUCUUACAAUAAAACUUUGCAAAGGCUGAAAGUAGGGCCAUUUUUAGCCGAAAUAAAGAGGAACCUACAGGAAACAGUAAUACAUGCAAAUUUAGAUCGGUCAUUAUAUAUAUAUUCGGGACAUGAUGUUAAUGUGGUUGCUUUAUGGAGGACUCUUGGUUACGAAGAGUUGUUGGAACCAGAGUAUGGGGCUAGCCUUGUGUUAGAGCUUCAUGAAGAGGUAGAACAAGACAGCUUCUUUGUUAAAUUAUUCUACCGUAACAACACAAAGAUAGAAGUUCCGAUGGAGCUAGAUAUGCCAUUUUGUGAUGACCCUUGCACAUACAGUCGCUUCAUUGAUUACAUUGACUCCUUAAUACCAACUAAAUGGGAAGAAGAAUGUAAAAAU